AUGAACGGCAAAAAAUCAGAUUGGGAUAGCGGACCUUACAAAGAUAUGGGGGAGAAGCUUGUCAAGUUCGUCAUUGCGUUCUGUGGCUGGACAGACAACCGUUGCAUUAAUUUCGAUGAGUUCACAUGGGAGAUUGACCUUGGUUUCAAACAGUCAAAUGACACUUCUUGUGGUGUUUAUGCUCUCAAUUUUAUGGAGUUUUGGCAGGGGACUAGGGAGCGCGGUUGGAAGACCUUGUGGGAUAAUGAUAUCUACAUCAACAUGAGGAGAGCAGAAUGUUGCAGGCGUCUGUUGUUGGACGAAGCAAACCUUAAGCUUCCAUAUCUGACAGAGCAGGUAGAGAGGGAGGAGUUACUACAGAUUGCUUCACAAUUUGGAUCCCAAUAUGGCUAG